AUGAGAUCAUGGGUGUGGAUCGUAUAGAUAUUGGAGGAGAAAUACAAAUCUAGCAAUCAAUAUAUUUACCUGAGUUGUGUCAACUUUGUUUAUUCUUCUGAGUUUAAAUUAAGAUAUGUGUUUCUAUAUAGAAUCGCCUCACAAUUUUAUUACAUGGGAUUUAUAGAAUGGAUAAUUCAUAUCAAAACUGUUUAAAUCCAUUGUGGAUUGUGUUUAUACUGAUUUCAACAAAAUGUAUUAAAGCCGACAUCUGCUCGUUUGAAACGGGCACAUGUGGGUGGAGGAAUGUCCUGGAAGAAGAUGACAUUGACUGGAGCUUUGGAGAUUGUAGUUAUUUUAUACACGGGAACAUCAACAAAAAUGGAAUUGGAUAUCAACAACAAAAUACGACAGAUAAUUGUGCGUAUAUUGAAUCAUUUGGACGUCACUCGGCCGGACACAGAGCAAUGUUGAGACAAGCAGUGAUGAUCAAGACACCCGUUGUUAUCUCAUUUCAAGCUUUUAUAAACACCGAUGCCGGAAAUUUUAGAGUGUUCCUGAAUACAUCAGAUAAGUAUCAUCUAUUCUGGAAAUCUAAUGAUAUGAAGAGAGACACGUGGGAAUAUCAGCAAAUUAAUGUUUUCGGAAUAGAAUCGCCAUUUUGAGUGACAUUUGAUGCCGAAAGAGCGUUCUCCCAAAAUUUCCACCACAAUAAAGUUGCAGUAGAUGAUAUUGCUGUUAAUCAUAUCA